GCCGCGGUGCGUGGCGGUUGGGCGGUAACGGCCGCUGCUCGGCGGGGGAAGGGCUCGCUCGUCCUCAGGCCGCGCUGUGCGGGAGCGCAGCGAGGGAAGGGUCGGGCUGCCGGGAGCCCCUGCGAGGCGGGAGAGUAACAGGCGAGCCCGCCCGAACCGGGCCGUGCCGGGCCGGGCCGUACCGCGCCGGCUGUGCCGCUCUGCCCCGGGGCGGUCCUCCCUCCCGGGGCCGCCUCCGGCUCGCUGCCGGCCGGGGUCGGGCGCCGCGUUCCCCCUGGCCCUGCUGCCCUGCCUGCCCUGGAGCCGCUGUCCCUUCUCCCGCAGCCUGCCUGGUGGCUCUUGGAAGGGGUGCGUUGCCUCAGGGCGUCCCGGCCCCGCCGCGCUAGAGGAGCAAGGCUGACGCCUCAGAAAGUUGGAAGAGGAUACACCCUGCACAGAGAUGUAGCCCCGGAGCGCCCGUGGAAGGCGGGUCAGCUCCUCGCCGCUCUGGGACCGAGAGCGCGGGCUAAAGCCAUGUCCCUCUCGCGUGUGGAAAGCCCUUGUUUUCUGCUGUUCCUCUUCGUCUUCCAAGCGAUAUUUAUCCUGAUACUGUACCGAGGUGGACCUUCAAAUGUGUUUCGUGGGUUUUCAGACUCGCACCUAGUUCUGGAUUACUCAAAAACUCAUGAUGUGUAUACAAACCUCAGCUUGUUUACCCAAGCUCCUAAUGAGGAGACGAUGCCUUACUGCUCAGCACAGUCGCCAAUAUUUGUUGGUCCAUUAACCAUCAACUUCAGGGUGCUCCCUAGUGAGAGAAUGAUAAUUAAAAAAAAUCCUUUUGUUCAGCCUGGUGGCCGCUACAGGCCACCUCACUGCUUGGCCCGCUACAAAUCAGCCAUCCUUGUAGCCUACAGGAACCAGAAGAAGUACCUUCACCAUCUUCUCUACUAUAUCCAUCCCUUCUUGCAGCGCCAGCAGCUCAGUUACAGUAUCUACUUGAUUCAGCAGGCAGGGAAUGGGACAUUUAACCGAGCAAAGCUGCUUAAUAUUGGAGUCCGGGAAGCCCUGAAGGAUGAAGACUGGGACUGCCUCCUCCUGCACGAUGUGGACCUGGUACCUGAGAAUGAUUAUAAUCUCUAUGUUUGCGAUGAAUACUAUCCCAAGCACAUGGCUAGUGCCAUGGAUAAGUUUAAGUACAUCCUGCCAUAUAAGUCCUUUUUUGGGGGUGUAUCUGCUCUGACUCCAGACCAUUACAUGAAGAUGAAUGGGUUUCCAAACACAUACUGGGACAGUGGUGGUGAAAAUGACGACAUUGCUACAAGGAUUCAGUUAGCAGGAAUGAAAAUAGUUCGGACAUCACCUCAGCUUGGACGUUACAAAGUGAUGAACUACAAUGAAGAGAGAGAGAAACAAGAGUCCUGGAGAAGGCCUGCUUCCCGACAUGACACCAGAAAAACAUGGAAGGAUGAUGGGAUGAAUUCAUUAGAGUUCAAGCUCCUUUCCAAGACAAAGCAUCCUCUUUAUACUAAUAUCACUGUGGACAUUGGAUACGUUCCCCCAUUUUCUUAAGAGAAUGAAAACAAAAGCACUUUGGGCUCAGCAUAGCAGCAUGCCUACAGGCAUUCAGCCUCUACCUCCUGUACUGGUGUGGAAUCUGCACCACCUGGGACUGAUCCUGCUGUCUUUCACGCAUUUCACUUUUCUUCUGAAUGUUUAAGAUUUAGAAGAAAAGGCUUCAGGAACAGGGUAUGAUAGCUAAUCAGGCUGUGUCUACUGUAAACAUUGUCCAAGCACUGUAAAACUAAGUACUGAGCCAGACCCACCUCCUCCCAGCCUGUGGGAAUCAAGGUCUCCUGGACAAUAAGCUGACCCAAGUUUUUAGGAACCUUUGUUCCACAGCUGGAUAGCUCUGUUCUGCUUCAUCCUUAAGUGUUGAUUGGGAUGCAAGCCAUUCUGUCAGAUGAGCUUCUGAAGUGCUUUAUUUUGAGAAAGUGUUGAAGUCAGUUACAGUUCCAUGAAUAUCUUUUGUGAAUUUGAGUAAAAUAAAUGGAAAUAUGUGUUUGGGUUACGAUUUUCUGGAAUAUUUAAUAAGAGUGUAAUAAAGGAGAAAGCUGCUCUGAAACCAGAAGAAAA